AUGGCAGCCCCUCGCCUAGCUUCCUCGUGGCAAGUCCGCGCCGAGGCCGGCGAGCCCUUCGCCGUGAUCCGCGUCCGCGACCUGCAGGGCACCAUCCAGGCCGGGACCGACGCCUGGGGCCGCGAGAACAAGUCGCAGCCGGUCCGCGUGUCGGCGGAGCUGUCCAUGGCUAGCCCUUUUGACGCCGCGUCCUCCUCGGACCGUGUCAGCGACGACACAGUGCAUUACGGCUUGCUCGCCAAGGCCAUCCUCUCUAGUCUUGGGGGUAUCAACAAGAAGGUACAAUCAGCCGGCAAGCCCUCACAUAUUCGCCUCCGGGACGCAGUUGGUCAGAUCUGGGCCGAUCUGACCGGCCUCUCUCUCGAUGGACAGUGUGUCCCUGCCGAGGAGGGAAGCGUUGGUUUCUUGCGGGAUAGGCUCUCGCUGGUUCGGUUCAUGAACCUGAACGUCACGAUGCCCAAGGCGUCUCUCCUCGGGAGCGCUGUUAGUCUGUCAGCGUCCGCCGUCUUCAGUCCCCAAGGGGGCCCGUCACCGGUCGAUGUACGCAGCUCUUGCCUUCGCCUUCACGAUCUGCGGGUGCCCACUCUUAUUGGUGUAAACGACAAUGAGAGACUCGCAAGGCAGAUUCUUGCGGCGGACGUGGAGAUUGAGCAGUUUGACGUGUCCGAAGACGUGUACGUCGGCAUUGAGUCUAUUGUUGUAAAGACGCUAUCAGACUCGUCCUUUGAGACUCUCGAGGCCCUUGGCCCCGCCAUCACACAGAGCAUCCGCAAGAAUAUCAAAGGCGUUGCCGCGUCCUCUGCCUCGCAGGCACCGGGCUGGGUUAUCAAAGUGGUGAUGGAAAAGCCGACGGCCAUUACAAUGGCCGAGGCCUCGCGCGUCGAGUACAGAGAGCUCGUCAGUGCCCGCGCAUAG